UGUAAGGGCUUUACCUCAGGAGUCAGAGGGAAAGCAGCCUGAUUUACUGCACAGCAGAAAGGCUGCAAAGCAGUAUAUCUAUUGCAUCUGUGAUGUCUAGACUGCGGCCACUCACAGAAGGAAACAGCACUAAGAGGAAAGGAAGUGGUCUUGUUGUUUUGUGUGAAGUGCAAUGCGGUGCAAAUAACUACUCUUUGUGGUCCAGAUAUUCAAAUUCUGGCUGCAGACUUAUGGCCAUGUUAAAUGCCACAAGUGUCUCACACCACUAUUUUAGUUGUUGACAUCUCUUUUUAGUAGAUGCUUAUAGAGAGUCUGUAAUAAUUUUAAACCCACUCACUGUAUUACAGACACAGCAUCCCAGUACUUGUACGCCGCCAUAGCGCCAUUCUCACAAACACCACUUCAUAUUUAGAAUGCAAAACAGACAAUUCUGGAUGUUGUUGUUUAGAAAUGCACAAGUUUUCAGUACAUGCCAAGUGUCUAAAUGGCGAGGGUUUUCCCAGCCUGUUCUUUUGACUGCCUAACCUGAAUUGAAACUUAGAAGAAAAACCAAAGACACAUCAAAGACACAAAGAACUGCAGGAAAAUGUGAGUAGUAGACAGCUUUCAACAACAGUAAACAGUUGUUGAAAGCAUGUGCAUGCAGAGACUAGCAUGUGAGGGCUAUUUAAAUGGAAUGGUUGACCCUUUCUGAUGUCAUUAUGCUGUUAAGAUGCUGCAAACUCAACACAUUGUGCAGCUGCUUUACAGGGAGAACUUUGCAGUGACAAUUAUGAUUAUGACUUUAACUGUGAAGAAGCUGAUUAAUCGGUUGACAUGAUUAUUUAAUACCUGCUAUCAUGUUGUCAGUUUAGGGACGGUAAAGCUGCCUUUUAGCCAUGCUAACUGCCUGUCUUUAGGCAUGGCACUGUCAGUUGGCCAGUCGACCACUUUGGUAAAGACUGAAAUAGUAUAUUAUAGGUCUCUAAUAAAUUGUAGGUCUGUGUUUCAUUUGACAGCGAUGUAUUUUACCAAAGUCAAAGGGCUAAAGCAGCUCACCCUCCCUCUGAUAAUAUCCCAUGAAAUGUCCAUCCAGUUUCCCUUACUUUUUCUCCUUGUCCCAUUCAGCUGAAAUACAGGCCACUGAGGUGUGGUUUUCAUCUCAGAUCACCUGCCAGUACCACCACUUUCUGGCCGCACUUGACAACUAAAUAUGUGUAAAAGAAAAACAGGUUUGGUGACAAUGCUAGUGAUGAAGGGAAGGGAAUCAUUUCACUGACGAGACACAAGAAAGCACCUUACUGUGUGAAAUCAGGUUAAGGAAAGAUACUGUGUUUACCUGUUCUGCUGAUUACUCUAAACCCCCAUUUUACCUGCAGACGUCAGAGGCCGACCGGCUUCUCCCUGCACCUGGGAUGGUGCCAUGCAACACAGCGGCCGUGGAGCCAUAACCCCACCACCACCGCUCCAUCAUCUCGACUCCAAGCUGCUCGCCCACCACUGAUCCCACCCUCUAUCUCCCCUUCCUCCCUUUAUCUUUGCUCUGAGCCCUGGAAAAGGCCACCACAGCCACCACAUGACUCACCCACUGGAGCCCUAGAUCAAAUCAGUUGAAACUGAAAAUGAGUGCAGUAGGGGAAAACCCCCUGGACCCUGCCACGCCAGAGUCACGCAAGAGGAAGGGCUCACCAUGCGACACAUCAGGGCAAAGUCUGGAGAAGCGGAGACGGGAGCUGGAGUGCCGCUACAUCGAGGAGCUGGCUGAGCUGCUGUCAUCCAACAUGGGCGACAUUGCCAGUCUCAGUGUCAAGCCCGACAAGUGCCAUAUCCUCAAGAGCACUGUGGACCAAAUCCAGCAGAUGAAACGGCGUGAGCAGGAGAAAGCAGCUCUUCUGUCUCCAGAUGAUGAGGUGCAGAAGAGCGACAUCUCCUCCAGUAGCCAGGGGCUGGUGGAGAAAGAGGCGCUGGGGCCCAUGCUGCUAGAGGCCCUUGAUGGGUUUUUCUUCGUCGUCAAUCGGGAGGGCCGCAUCGUCUUUGUUUCCGAGAAUGUGACGAGUUACCUUGGAUACGCCCAAGAGGAGCUGAUGACCUCAAGUGUCUACAGCAUCCUCCAUGUGGGAGACCACAAUGAAUUUGUUCGGAAUCUGUUGCCCAAAAGCCUGGUUAAUGGUGUGCCGUGGCCACAGGAACCUGGCCGAAGGAACAGCCACACCUUUAACUGUCGCAUGCUGAAGAGGCCACCGGACGAGUUGGAUUCAGAAAAUCCGGAGGCUCGGCAGCAAUAUGAGAUCAUGCAGUGUUUCACCGUGUCCCAACCAAGGACCAUGCAGGAGGAGGGAGAUGACCUGCAGAGCUGCCUAAUCUGUAUUGCCUGUCGGAUACCUCGUGCCCAGCCUUUUAGCACUGAGUCUUUCAUCACGAAGCAGGACCCCACAGGGAAGAUUAUCUCCAUAGAAACGAGUGCUUUGCGAGCGACCGGCCGGCCUGGCUGGGAAGACCUGGUCAGGAAGUGCAUCUAUGCUUUCUUUCAGCCGCAGGGCAAAGAGCUCUCCCACGCCAAGAAGCUGCUGCAUGAGGUGAUGACCCACGGCACCGCUAUCAGCCCGCUGUACCAUUUCGCAUUAAGUGAUGGCACCCCGCUCAGCGCUCAGACCCGCUGCAAGUUCUGCUGCCCCCCCAACCCUGACGUACAGCCCUUCAUUAUGGGCAUUCACACUAUUGACAGGGAACACAACACUGCUAGCUCUCAGGAAAACACUAACCCCAGCCUUCCACCGAACCUUGGCAGCCUUGCCCAAACUCCCUCCCGCUCCCCUACCCUUCCUCCCGGCAGCAACUGGACCCAAGGCUCAGGCUUCGCCACCUCGGGCCUUCACCCCAACAACAGCAACACCUCCUCCCACGGACAUAACCCAGCCACACCCACAGGCUACCUGACGCCCAAUCGGACCUGUUCCCAGCAGGUCAACAGCCCCUCUCCUUUGAGCAGCCCACUCACAGCCACCCCUACCUCUUUUAUGUCACCCAGGAUGCCACGGGCUAGUCCUGGUUUAGGGGGAAGCCCUCGGAUACCUGGGAACCCCUUCUCUCCUUCCACACCUGGCCUCCAUUCCCCAGCCGGGGCACUAAGUAGUGGAGGCAGCCUCAACAGGCAGCAGUCUGGCGGUGAUGGUAGUAGCGGUGCCAGCGGUGGGUCAAUGGGGUCUUUCUCCCUGUCCUGUCCUGUCCUUCAGAGACAAGCCAGUACACCCACCGGCUCCUCUUCUCGGCCUCCAUCAGCAAAACCCCCAGAGGGAGGAGAAGGAGGGGGAGAGGACUCUGUUAAAGCCCCCCUUCCUUCUGCCUCACAGCUGGGUAACCCCAGACCCAAUCAGCUCCUGAAUAGCAAUGGGACAGGAGUUGAAUCCAACAGCAACAGCAUCCACUGCACCUCAUCACCUCAUCCUCCUAACCCUCCUCCUGCCCCUCAGUGCCCUGCCUCGCACAGUACUCUAACAGAAAGACAUAAGAUCCUGCACCGGCUGCUCCAGGACAGUAGUCCCAAUGAUGCCUCCGCCACCGUUGAGGAGGGAAUAAACAAAAACCAAGUUGAGAUUAAGAAGGAGCCGCCUGCCAGUCCGGCACUGACAGCUUCCAAGUCCAGCUCCAGAGAGCCACAGGACCAUCAACUACUCCGUUUUCUCCUGGACACAGACGAAAAGGACUUGGGGGACCUGCCUCCUCCAUCUGCUCUCAGCCUGCAGACUGUUAGGGUAAAAGUGGAGAAGAGAGCCAGCGUGGAGGGAGUGGCCUGUACGGGGUCUACUGUUGCAGCAGGAGGUGCAUCCAAACCUGCAGGAGUUACCAGCAGCUCGGCUUGCAUCAGUCCCAAAUCAAGCCCCGUCGGAGAGAACCGCAGAGACAGCCGCAGGGAUAGCCGAGACUCCACGAUGUCUGGUGGCCCUGUUGACAUGGACCCUCUCACCCAGCUGCUGCCUGGCCUGAGAGGCCCAAGUGGGGCCAAGCAGGGUAGUGAGGAUUCAACAACCCCUGGAGGAGGCCCCCAACUCCAGUCUCCAGCCCCCCAACACCAGGCCCCAGCGCCACUCCAGUCCCCCGUGCCUCAGCUCCAGUCCCCUAUGUCCCAGCCCCAGUCCCUUCCCCACUUGCAAUCGUCGUCACCCCAGCUCCACUCCCCUUCCCCCCAACUCAAACUGCAGUCACCCACUCAGCUCCAGCCCAGUGAGGUCAGCACUCCCCGCAACAUAAAUGUGAAGAGAGAGCCUCCCGGGACUCCUAACAGAGGGCUCAGUGAUGGCGGCCCGCCCUCUGGCUGCAGCCUUCAGAGUCAGUCAUCUUUUGAUUUCUGCAGUCCCCCCACUCCAAGCCAGACACAGUCCCAGGGACAGGGAGACCCCUUCCAGACCCCCAAAGACAACAGCCUGUUUCCAGAGUCAGAAGUUAUCAACCCAUUCAGUUCAAGCACUGGCCUAACCAAGAUGGAUGUGGGAGACUCCCAGUUCCAGGCUCUCUCUGACACCUUGUCCUUUGAUGGUCUUGGAACCCCUUUACAAGCUCCCUUGGCAUCACCACAAGAGCAGUGUGUGCCCUGUACGCUGGAUGAAGUGCUGGGCCCUCCGACCUCACCUGAAGGCCGAAACGAUGAGAAAGCUCUGUUAGAGCAGCUCGUCUCCUUCCUCAGUGGGACUGAUGAGAGUGAACUGGCUGAGCUGGAUAAGGCCCUGGGUAUUGACAAACUGGUACAGGGUGGCUGUUUUGACCCUUUGCCCCAAAGCUUCCCAACCCAGCAAUCCACUGCCACUCCAGUUUCCGUGGACCCUAAACUCCCCACCUACCCUUCCCAAUUUACACCAGCUCCACAAGCUCAGUUUCCUCCAGACCUGGCAACGGUGGGGCCACAGGGUCUGGGGUUUGGAGCCCCCCGAGGGGCUUUCCCUGGUGGGACGACAGGCGUGGGGCUGAGGCCAGGCAUGACGCGACCACAGGGGAUUGGCCCUCAGCUCAGGCUGCCACCCAACCAACUGCGUCUGCAGCUGCAGCAGAGGCUGCAGGGUCCACAGCAGCUCCAGAACAGGAUGGCGGGCAUGAAUCCGUUUCCAGGAGGAGCCCAGCAUGUGAACAUAGGGAUUCGUCAGGGGGUUCAACAACCUCAAAUGCCCUCACAACAGCCUCCGCUGAAUGCCCAGAUGCUGGCCCAGCGUCAGAGGGAACUCUACAGCAUCCAGCACCGCCAGCGCCAGCUUUUCCAGCAGAAGGUCAUGCUAAUGAGACAGAACAUGGCAGGUGCUCCGACUGGAACCGUGGGGUCCUUUGGAACUGCCAGGGUCCCAAAAGGUCCCCCAACAACGCCUCAACAACAGCAGCAGCAGCAACAGCAGCAGUUCAACUUCCCACCAGGGUACAACCCAAUGACGGGAAAAUCCCCUACCUCACCAAGUCACUUCAGCCCCUUGACCGGGGGCCCUCUGGACAACAAACUGUCCGGCAGAGUUCCCCUGAAUAACCAGACGCUGAUGGGUGCCGUGCAGGGCCAGUUCAGCAGCACCGUGAAUUCCUCAUUACAGCAGAACCUGUUUCAGCAGUUUGGAGGGUCUGCUAUCCAGCAAGACCCAUCUUUCCCUCCUGAGAUGAGCCCGACCAGCCCGUUGUUGUCACCUCAGAACUCCACCUCCCAGAGUCCUCUGCUUCAGCAAGCGCCACCUCCUGGCUACCAGUCACCAGACAUGAAGAGCUGGCAACAGACAGGCAUGGGCAGCAACAGCCUGUUCAGUCAGUCAGGACAGAGUGCAGGACAGGCCUUUGGCCAGCAGGGGGUUUACAACAACAUGAGCAUCACCGUCUCCAUGGCCGGAGGCUCGGGUGGUGUCGGCUCAUUACCUCCCAUGGGGCAGCCGGUUGGCAUGAGCAACAGUAACCUCAGCAACGUGGGUUCAGUGUGCAGCGACCAACAGGUGCAGCAGGUUCAGGUGUUCGCGGAUGUCCAGUGCACAGUGAACCUGGUUGGCAGUGACUCCUACCUGAACCAGGGCUCCAUCGGAGCUACGGCCUCCCAGAAGGGCCCCGGACCGCAGGGCUCCCAAAACAACCAGGCCCAGCAAAAGAGCCUCCUCCAGCAGCUGCUCACCGAGUGACAACCCCACCCCUUCAGCUCUCCUACUCCCUCUACUUCUCACUUUUAAGCCUCCUCCUUGGAGGUCGGUGCACCAGACCCAUUGCUGUCUCUGUCUCACCUUUUGAAUGGAUGGAUAGAAGGAGUUACACAGCCUGACCACUCCUGUGCAGGGGGGGGCAGGGGGAUUCGGGGCUGGUUGUUUUACCGCCCAGUACUUUAAGAAAAGACUCAAGUCAGAAGGAGCAGCAGUGUAUUUAAACCUGCCUGUCUAAUCUGUCUGACAACCUGUCUGUCUGCCUCAGCCUAUUAAAGGCAGUGUUGUCUUGCUGCUCAUUCCUUGGUGACCUACUUCCUGCUUCCCGACCCAAGAAAACAACUGCGACAUCAUUGUAGAUUUGCCAAGUUGUCGUCACUGUCAAAUCAGGGCCCGGCUUCCUUUUGUUUGUUUUUUUCCCUGAUGGGACGGUUUCUGUCGGGCCGUCGCAGCAGCAGUGCAUCUUGGGAGCAUGAGUUGCAGCAUACAGCUGAGCUCAGCGUUUAAGUGUGGGAGUAUCCCACACAGCAGCACCUCUGGCUUUUAUUUUUGUUUGUUUUUGUUUUCCUCUACCUGUCUCUCAGCGAUGUGGGAAUGUUAAGGUUUCAGACCUCUGUGGCAUUGUGGGAUAGAAGCUCAGUAUCAGCUGGUUCUGCAACUGUCUCUCUCUAUCAGCUACAGUGCCUGGUGGAAGUUUGAGUUUUUCCCAAGCUCUGCUUCUUCUUCUACAUAUUAUUCUAUUACGUCUUCUGUUUUAUUUUUAUUUUUUUUUUUUUUUUUUGGUUGAAUUGUUUUUGUUUAGUUUAAAAUCUUCUGCUCUCACCGUCAUCGUCAUCAUCAUCAUCAUCUUCAUGAUCAUCAGAACAAGCUUUGACAACAGCCAGAAUGGAUGGAUGGAUUGAUGGAUGGGAGACAGACGGGAUGCUGCUCAGUUUGGAACUUACGUGUCUUUCUCCCCUGGGAGGAGGUUUUAUUAUUUUUAUUUUUUUUUCAGAGUAUAAAAAAAAGACUGUUAUGAUUAUUUAACUGUCUGUCCGUCACAUUUUACCCCUCACCUCAGCAGCUGUGAAUACAGAGCCCUGUUGGGUUCUUUCUCUCUCUCUCUCUCUCUUUCUCUGUGUAUCUUUCAUGCUAUCUCUCGGCCUAUCAGUGUUGUUUGCCAUGUGCACCAUGCAGGCGGGUAGUAUUGUACAGUACAGAAGGACAAAGACUUGGGGAUGAGCUCACUCUUCUCUUGUAACUGCUUUCCUUUUAAAAGAAAAAAAGUGUAAUUAAUUGAUUACUCAGAACAGCAAAACUAUGUAUAAUGUGAUUCGAUCCAGGUUUUUUUUGUUUUUUCCUCUUUUUUUUUUUCUAAUAAUGUCAGCUCAUGGUUUUUGAGAUUAUUUUUUUGGCAUCAUGAUAUUGUAACACCGCUACAUAUUGCAGUGGAGGAGGAAGUUCCACCUUCUGAAAUGUGAAAAGAAAUUUUAAGCAAUUGAUUUAAAAAAAAAUAUAGCUAGAUCUCGCUCCCUUCGGCAUCCCAUUCAGCGCUGCAAGAAGCCACACUUUCUGCAAAAAAAACAAAAAAUGGGUUUGAUUGCUUUGCUUUUUCUUGUGGUAGCCAUGGAGCUAGUCCGCCAUCUUUUCUUGCUUUCUCCUCUUUUUUUUAUUCUUAUGUAUGUACAAUACUUUCAAGAAAACCUUUCAGACAGUACAUGUGUUUGUAACCAUUGUAUAAAAAAGCAUAAUAAUACCUUAAACCGUGUUCUUUGCUGUGAUUACGUGACCGCUGGUGGUGCUAACGGUACUUGAGCCGCAUCAACAUUGUACCCGUUGUCACAGCAAACAAAGCGCUUUUGGAUAUUGUUCCUAUAUAAUGACAUUUAAGUAGAGGCUUUAGUAAUAGAAGUUCCUAACAAAGAUGUGAUGGAUAAUUAAUUUAAAGCUGUCAUGAAAUUGAAUCAAAACAGGAUGGGUUGAGUCACAAAAAAUACUUCAUUUUCUUUUAUUUUCUCCACACCUCCUGCAAACCUGUUUCAUCAGUGUUGUUUUUUUUUUUUUUUGGGACUCAACCCUCUUCUCUCUCCACUUCUGGUUCCCUGAUGAAGACUUCACUCCACUGGCUACACACAUACAGUUUUCUGUUGACUACUGUUGCUCAGUCAGACACUGUCUCUGUCAGCGAUAACAGACCUCUGUUAAGAAAAACAAACAAACAAACAAACAAGUCCACACACAGAAAAGACGUGCUACUUAUAGUUCACACCUUACCAGGAAUUUAGAAAAAGGAAAACUCUGCCGAGACGUUGCCUCUAUAUAUUUUUUACAUGAGUAAAUUAAUGUAAAGAUACACAGAUGAUCUUGAUAUCAAGCGUAUGAAAUAUCAGAAUUUGCUUAAGGCUCAGUCUGAAACUAAUCCCCAAAGGUUUCAAGUGUAGGAUGCUAUAAGGGCCUUUUUACACCGGAAUCAUUUCAUUAGGGAACAUCCGGUGAUUUGUAACGACCACAAAGGUCCUCAGUGAUUUUACUUCUGUCAAAUCUGCCACGUCUGUACUCCAGCACAAAAUCACACGUUCCCUGAUUGAACUAUUCCUGUGUGAAUCCUUGUUCUUGGUUCAUUGUUUCUCUUUUUUUAUUUUCCUUCUGUCAUGGAAAAUUGGAGACAGUAGUAGAAUCUGUGGAGAGGGUUUUUGCAAACAGCGCAGACCUCACAUUCAGAUAUUAGGAAGUGUCAUUACCCCCCCCCCCAAGUGAGUUUCGCGCCUGCCGAACUCAUCACUCACAUUAGGUCAACAACAUACAGUCUGAUGCUACUUCAGUGGAAUAGGGCUUUCCUGUGUACUGUUUUUUACAGAGAUACUUCACCGUAUGCAACAUUACCCAGAUAUAGAGGGAUAGUAUGCAAGGUCAACAUUCCACCCACCAACUCCUCCAGUGUUGUAUGAUGUGAGAACCACUUUGUGCUCAUCUGAAAUGCUCUAUGUGCGUAUUUGGACGUGUUAAUGUGCAGAUCAAUGCACUGUGUAUCCAAACAGAGGCCCAGGAACAGUCGCUAUCUUUAAUCUUUCUUAAUAAUUUAACUAAAUGCAGGAAACUCUGUCGCCUGGACUCAAACAGAUAUUUUGAAAAUUAUUUACUAAGACUUUCUGAGAUGGGUUUUAUUUUUUCUAUUUUUCUGUUUGUAUAUUUAUUAGAAAAGCAUGUGGAUAAAUCAUCAGUAGACUUUUGAGCACCUUUUUUAUUACCUCAUUAUUGUUUUUGACCAUAUUUUCACACUGUGAGCAGCUUGUUUGAUUGGUCGACGGCAGAGCUAAAGACCUUCUGCAACCAAGUGUUGAUCAGAAAAAUCAGAAAAAAUGUACAUUUUUCUGCUUCACCAGCUUCACGUUACCUUUUGGCAGUGUUACAUAAUUUUGAUUCAACAUUGCUGGAUACCAAGCACUUCUUAGAUUAAAAAUAAACAAAGAGAAAAAAUAUGUAUUCUGAAGUUUAGGGCUGCAACUAAUAACUAUUUACAUUUGAUUAAUUGUUUAGACUGUAAAAUCAGUUUCCCAGAGCUCAAGGUGACGUCUUCACACUCAAAACCAAAAUAUAUUCAGUCUACAAUGAUAAUAAAACAGAGAAAAGAAGCAAAUCCUGGAAUCCCAAAGCUGCUUAAUAACUGACUUAAACAGUGAACUGAGUAUCAAAAUAGUUGUCGAUUUCUGGCUCUCCUGAGAUUACUGUCAGCGCAGUUUGAGACUUGUGCUGCGUCCCAUUUCUUUCCCUUGACCUCUAAUCUCAACUCACGGGUUUAUGUAAAAUGUAGUGGUGUCUCAGAUUAAAACUUCCCCUCUACCUCCAAACUGAGACUUUCCAUUACUACAUGUAGCAUUGUGGAAAGCCUAAAAAAAGCCAUGAACAGUUUAGGGCAGUAAUGAAGUGGUAAACUGGAUCCAACCUGCAGUUUACGGUUCAACUCCUCCAACCCAAAUUGUCUGUUUUUAGAGACGGUUUCCAUUCCACUUUCGGUCUCUGAUGAUUUGCACAAGUCACGAGUGUCAACGUGUUCAGUGGUGGAGUUAUUUUAAUCCUUGUUAGCUCCCCUUUGACGAGUGGGACUCCAAAAGCAAGGAAGGAGUUUAGGGAGAGAACUGGGACAAAGCCAUCGAUUCCUAUAUUGUUCAGAACAAAAUCCGUAGAGACUGUGAGGCCUUUAAUUGCCUGCACUUAGAUUCUUGUCCACUUUGCACUUGCUAGGCAGAACUGUUGAUAAAGAAAGAGUAAGCCCGUCAGUCAGGAAUCGAGGAAGCUCAGAAAUCUAAUUUGCAGUUGGUAAAAGCCUCUUGAGUAACCACACGUCAUCCAUUUUGUCGCAGUCGUGUUUUCAUUUGUGGAUUUCCUGUAAAUUUGAUCAUGUUUCUCACAGUGUGAAAACACCAGUCAGACACUCCUGUGCCACUGUUUGGUCGAUAUAAAAUACUCCCAAGAGACAGAAGCUGCACAAAGUGGAAGAAUGUAUUUUUGGAAGGAUUCUGCCAGUGUCAGCCUCCUCUUGUUUAUCUGCUCUGAUGAUUUCACACAUACAGUAUUGAUGCCCCCUCCUCCCUCCCUCCUUUCACUUUUCUGCGUGGAAUAGGCAUUCCUAUGGAAGUGGUUUCCUCUACAACUCUGUUAACUGCAGAAACUCAACAGCAACUCAGCUUAUCCUGCGUUAAAAAACAAACAUGCCAAAUACAACCAAUGCAUAUGUAAUCUUUUUUAUGCAACAGCCAUUCAAUGGAAACGACAGUCCCUCCUUCCUCACUACAAUUAACAGGUACAAGGUUCUUUUGUAACAUUGGUUUCAAAAUAUUAACAUAAUGUAUAUAACAGAGAAAUGUGAAUAUGUAUUUGUUCAGAAUCAACAAAAAAGUAGUGCUCCGAGUUUGUGGUUUUAAAAAAAAAAAAACUACUCGCCUCCGUCAUGUUUUUAUGUUUUCAUUUUCUACUUUUUUAUUUUUCUGAUGAUGUAUGUAUGUAUAUGACUAUCAGUGAGUGCGUAUGUGUGUGUGUGAUUAAUACUGUAUAUCUGGUGUUCUCUAAGAUGGAAAAGUGGAAGAUGUCCUGGUUUGAUUCUUUUCUUCUUUUUACUCUUUAGACCCUGCACAGUACCUGUGGGUGUUUCAGAUUAACUAUGCCAGAGAAUGGUUUUAGCGACUGCUGAAUGUGAUUUUACUGAGAGAGAAGCAGUGUGGACUGGCUUUUUGUACGGGUUAAUUUAAAAAAGGCCAUAUUAUUUAAUUUUCUCUGUUGUCAAAAGUUUAAGCAGAUCUGGGAGAGUGGAGCCUUGGUUUUAUGGAGAAGCAUUGCCUGGUUGUUGUGUACAUUAGUGGGCUUUUUUUAUUUUCUGGCUGUCUGGCUGAUGUAGCCUUUCUUGCAUUUGUCAAUAGUAAAUGACCAAAGCUUCAAGAUGUUUGAUGGAUACCAUAUGCAAACCUCAUCAUCACUGGACAAGACAUAAUGUAGCGGCCCUUUUGUUAAUUUGGAUUUCUCUCUUUCUCACAGUGACAUUCUGCUGCUGUUCGACGUUGUUUUGCAUGUUCGUCUUUCGUCGUUGCUUUCUAGACACUAUCUGUCCUUUUUAAAGUAGCCUAUCAGCAACAUUCUGCGUGAUGUCCCAAAGUUAGGUCAGUUUAGAGACGUCUCCGCUUUGCCAAUGAGGUCUUUUGUGCCUGAAGUGCUAUCACUCGUUUACAGGAAGAAAGAAAACAUUGCAACCGAUAGCUAUGCACCUUACUGAAACAAGCAUUUCCUUACUUGGGUAUGUAGAAUUAACACUGGAGCAACACAAAAUCAUUAAUUUCAUAGGUAAGGUAUUUUAUAUUUACUUUCCACAAAUGACAAAAAGCCCCUUCAGCAGGAGUAUCCCUCUCAGUGAGUUUAGUCUAGUGAAUUUAGUUGAUAUCUGAUGACCUUUCUCAGCUUUUUAUCUCAUUCUUGGGAGAAAAAAUAGUUUUGUGUUUGUUUUUUUUCCCCCCAUUAACUGAAUACUUUAUACCAAACUUGAGGUGCCUCGUGUAUAUAUUUUCUGCAGUAAAGAUUGCUCCUUUGCUGUUUAACAAUAAUAACCUUGUUAACCAGGGUUUUUUUAAACCUUUUUUCACCUUUAUAAAAAAAAAGUUUACUGUAUUUUAAAAGACUUUUUUACACACAUAGAAGAUUAAUCAAAUUAUUCCAGGAAUUUGCAAAUACAAUCUAAUUUUGCACUUUAUAUCAGAUUUACUUGGAGUGAAAAGGCCAUCAGAAACUGUCUCAAUCAGAUCAGUAUUUGGAGCUAGAAUAAUUAAUGUCCCCUGAAUGUACCAAGAAAAUGAUAGUUUUACUAGUUUAAUUUGAAAUCAGUGCUCAGGUUCUUUAUGGAGAACUUGACUGUAAGUGGAUACCCAUUAUCCAAAUGACGACUAAAAAUUGUACACACUUUACGUUCUUUGUAAUGUAGUUCUCUCUCUGUCUCUUUCUAUCUUUCUCUGUCUACACCAACCGAUCCUCAGCAUAAAUACUAUGCCAAUCUUCUUCAGGUGACCUCCCCUCCCCUCCCCUCCUCUCUGCACCAGGUGUACUGUUGAAAAAAAACCUCCUCCAGCUUGAACUCUCAGAACAUUCCUGCUCACAACACAGUUUUAGCAACUGUCAACACUUAGCUCUGUAGCUGCCGCUGCCGCUCGGCGUUCACUUCUCUCUCCCGCAGCUUUAAACGUGUUUUUCCUUAAACCAAGGUGGACACUCGCUUUUUUUAUUAGCAAAAGUCAAAAGUCUGGUUGUGUGAGACUUACCCUCUGCUAUCUAGCAACAAUUGUGCACUGACAAAUGACAACACACUAACUUUGUUGCCUCCCUUCUCUGUUUUGCUUGUCUUGUCACACUUUUGUGUUGCCCAAUGUAGAAUAUGUUGUGGUGUGCUGAUACCAGGAUUGGGCCAGCGCCUAGUGCAGGAUCAGGCUAAUGUCUGAUGUAGGUCAUCAUGUUUUGUGUCAGGGAAAUUCAUUGCAAAAAAACAAACUAAAAACAAUUUGACGCAUCAAAUAUGUUGCAUUAAAUGAAAGGAGGAUACAGUUUGAUCAGUUUAGAUUGCAUUUGUCUCUUUUUCUCAAGCAUAGUCAAAAGCAUUGGGCGCCCCGGUAACUCAGCUGGUAGAGCAUGUACCAAGUCCUUACUGCAGCAGCACAGGUUCGAUUCCAGCCCGGGCCCUUUGCUGCAUGUCAUCCCCUCUCUCUCCCACCUUUUCUGUCUCGCUUCAGCUGUCACUGUCUAAAGGCAAAAUGCCUGAAAACAUAUUUUCUUUAAAUGAAGCAUUCGCACUGGUCAUUGGUCCAAAAUGGUUUGGUAUUUGUGCACCGCUAAGACUCUGCAUAGUCCUUUAAAUUAAAAUGUACUCCCACUCAUUCCUAACACAGGUGUUCAAAACUAAUCUCUACUCUUAUGUGAAAGUUACUACAGCAUAAGUUGUCAGGUAUUGGAAGUGCAGCCGUAUUGGGACUGAGGUUGGAUGUGGUUCAGAGACUUUAAAAGAAGGCUUAUUAUUAGCUCACCACUGUGUUGUUUGGGGGCGGUAAUGCUUUCUCUGGAGAAUUUGAGAAAAUAUGACCAAGGUUCCACUUUCUCCCUUGUACAAAUUAAUAUAAAUAAAUAUAUAUAAAUAUAUAUUAUACAUUUUACUCUUUUUUUUGUCCAGUUUUGUAUAUUACAGUCAUGUUUUUAAAGAGGCAUCGGAGCAGCUAUUACAAGACAAUAUAAAGAGUGACAAUGUUCAUCUGGGAGAAUUUUAUGCAUGUUAUAUUUUCUUUUUUUCUCUCUCUGUCUCUUUUAAUACCCCGAACCCCCCCUGUUCAGGUGUGUAACAUGAAUAUAAAGAAAUCUACCUUUUCUUUGGAAUGUUGUAGACAAUCAGUCUCAGGCCGGGUCCAGUCCCUGCAGGGAGUGAGAGCCCUGCAGGCUGAUAGACAAACAAAACUCAUUUUGUUUGACAAUUUAAAAACUCUCUUUAUUUGCAUCUACUGGAAGUCUAAAUUUGGAGGUUUGUUCAUUCAUAUGUUCGUGGCUGCUCAAGUUUACACACACACACACACUUCUCUACUACACUCAAAACACAAACACCUCGUGCAUUUGAUCCCUCUGCUUUUUUUUCCAAGGUGAGGAUGCCAACCUUGAGCAAAUGAUGCUUUGACUAACAAAUCUAUAACAUCUAUGAAUGUGGGAAUGCAACACAUUGCAAUAAAAGCACCAUUUGAAAUGCA